AUGUUUGGAAUGAUUCAAAAUGACUGUGACUUACACGAGAGAAGUAGCGACUUGCCGCGGUUUGUCCCGGUUCCUCACGCUUCUACUAAGAUGGAGAGGCAGCAUUUACAAACUCGUAUACUGGGAGCUAGUGUUCUUCUUAGUUAUUUACUACUUGCUAAACAUAGUCUACCGAUGCCUCUUAGAUAAAACCGGGAAAGAGUGGUUCGAAGACAUAGUCAAAUACUGCAACGCUAGCACAAACUACAUCCCUUUGUCGUUCGUCUUGGGGUUCUACGUUUCCAUAGUGAUGGCCCGGUGGUGGAACCAAUACCUUUCCAUCCCUUUCCCAGACGCUCUAGCCGUCUACGUAAGCGCAACCAUCCACGGACACGACGAACGAGGGCGAGUUAUGCGCAGAACCAUCAUGCGUUACGUCUGCCUUUGCGUCACCAUGCUCUUCACCAAUAUAUCACCCAAAGUGAAAAAACGCUUCCCCAACCUCGAUCAUUUCGUUAAAGCAGGGUUGAUGGAAGAAAGCGAGAAACGGGUGAUCCAAGAACUGAAUCAACAAUUCCCCGCGUACUCCAAACACUGGUUGCCACUAGUGUGGGCUUCCAGUAUUAUAACACGAGCUAGGAAAGAAGGCCGGAUUAGGGACGAUUUUGCGGUGAAGACAAUCCUAGACGAAAUAAAUAAGUUUCGGGGGAAAUGUGGUAUCUUGAUUACGUAUGACCGGAUAAGUAUACCUUUAGUGUAUACACAGGUCGUUACUUUAGCCGUGUACACGUAUUUUCUGACGGCUUUGCUCGGGCGUCAGAAUGUAGAAGGACAUGGUUACGUUAUUGAUUUAUACUUCCCUAUUUUCACGCUUUUGCAGUUUUUCUUUUACAUGGGGUGGUUAAAAGUGGCCGAGACUUUGAUUAACCCGUUUGGGGAUGACGAUGACGACUUUGAACUAAACUGGAUGGUUGACAGGAACUUGCAAAUUUCGUACUUGAUUGUUGACGAAAUGCACCAUGAGCACCCCGAGUUGAUUAGAGAUCAGUACUGGGAUGAGGUACUACCAACUGAGUUGCCAUACACUGAAGAAACUCAAAAGGAAAUGCACCCUUUACCGUCGACUGCUAAUAUAAUAUCCAAGUACGAAGACGAUCUAAUCGGGACGUCCAUGUUCCGAAUCAACGACUUGAAUAGCGUCAAGGGUUCGCAGUACUCUCUCGCGGGUUCACCCAGUACCCUCCGCACCCGAACUAACUCCGUUACUAGUCUUCUACGCAAGUUUAUGCGGAGUGAGAGCAUGUCCAAUGACCCAGAACAAGAAAUGUUGAAGAAAAUUCCGCAACGAAGACUCGAAGAAGUCAUCGAAGAGGUGGACGAGCAGCUCACGAUGAUGUCUAUGCGCGACGAACCUCCCAAACCGUCAGUCAGAGAUAUUUUUAGUCACGUUUCUAAACCCAUUGAUAUUCCGUCGCCUGUCAGAACUGAUAACGACGACCCCCUCUCUUUCGAAGCUCUCAGACAAAGACGGGAAGAGGAUAGAUUACGAAGGAUUAAGACGAAUUUGACGCGGUAUCUCGAAAGUAAGGACGCCCCACCGUCUCCACACGGUAGCGUAUCGGGUGAUAAAUCAUAGUUUGUAAAAUUAUCGAACAGUGAUAAAGUUUCUGAUAA